UACGCAGCAACACUUCUCCGCAAACUCAGAAGAGAAAAUAUACAAUGCAGCAAAAAUGGUUUCAGUUGAAGCACAGAUUCGGAGGUUCGUGUCUGAACAACUCCGUGAUUGUUCUGAACUCAGCACAUUGACUAUAAGUAUCUUAAGAAGUCGAUAUUUAGCAUGUUUUGGCCGUGACUCACCAAGCCUGGAGGAAAGACAGCUGAUUAAGACAAUAGUAGUAGAAGAGCUUAUGAGGAUGCAGGACUGUGACAGUGACACCAUUCCAUGUAUUACUCCGAUUCCUCGCAAGCGGAAGUGGGAUGAAUCCAAGGAGAAAAUGGACAAAGGAAACAGUCCCAAUGCAGAUGUAUCUGAUGCAAAGAGAACCAGGCAUACGUUAGCCCCUGCAGAUUAUGGCCUUCAGAAACUGUUAAAUGAAGAACGGCAGAGAGAGGAGGAUGAAGUUAAUAACAGUGGGAUGACUAGUGAUGAAGAGGGAGAAGAAAAAGAGCAGACAGCCCAAAUGGCAACAAAGAAAAAGAAAAGGCGACACUUUGUCAAACCAACUUACUCAGAGGGUGAGGUUCAGACAAAAACAGCCAAUCAGUGGAUGAGAAAACAACACUCCAAUGAAGAGGAUUUAGAGGAAAAACUGAAAAAACAAGAAACCCACAAAUCUGAAAAGGACCUAGUAAAUUCAGACAUUGACUCUGAGAAGGAUACAAAAUGGAAAAUAAGAACUGUAAUGAGGGAGAAAAAUAACCAGGAGGAAGUGCAGAGUGAAACUACGAAAGGAACCCAGAAGAGGAGGAAAAGUGGAAAUGGGGAAAAGGAAGAAGGUCUACAAAGAGGGAGCACUGGAAGUAACUCGAACAAGACUGAACAGUCCAAGGUAGUUGAGCAGAAGAGGGUGAAACGAGAAAGUAGCAACAGCAAUGAGAAUGACAGUGGUGCAUCUUCAGAUGAAGCUGACGGGGAAGAGGAGGUAAUAGAGGAUAUGGCGGCCAAGACGACAGAGGAGAAAGUGCAGGACUCUGACUCUAGCUCAUCCCUUCCCUCACUGGAGGAUGAACAGGAGAGCGAGAAGGUCCGGAAGAAGAGGAAGACAGUGGCGAAGCUGACAAGAAAGGGAGAAGGCUGUGAUACUGGUUCUAAAGGUGGAAAGGAUGACGACAAUGCGGCGGUGGACAGGUUGAAGCGCUACAUCGCCCUCUGUGGCGUGAGACGUAACUACAAGAAACUCCUGGAUGGCUGCCGCUCCACCAAGUCAAAGGUGGCGGUGCUGAAGAGGGAGCUUGAAAAUCUGGGGGUCACAGGGCGGCCUUCUAUUGAGAAGUGUAAUAAAGCCAGACUAAGGAGAGAGGAGGCACAAGAGUUGGCAGACCUGGAUCUCAACAACAUCAUAAACACAGAAGGUCGUCCAAAGCGGAAAGGGCUGUCAUUAUGGCAACCACAGUCCUCCCCUCCUUUAUCAGUUCAUAAGUGUGUAGUCAACUCAAGCUCAGACAGUGAAGACGGUCACAUAGGCAGAAGGCUCAAGAGACCUACUGACUGGAGUAACCUGCUGGGAAUCAUCAGUGAUGGUGAAGACAGUGACUGACUGGGUGCUCUGGUUAUGCUUUUCAAGUUGCCCCAAGAUACCGGUGUCACUUGACCGGUGCAUUUUCAUUUUAAUUAUAUAUGUUUGAUUGCUUAAAUUCUGUAUGUAUAGUUCUCUAAUUGUUAGUGGAUACACUUUAUUUUGAGAAUCCCAAUGUGUACCUGUAAAUACUACACUAUCAACAAACUUUAAAACUUACUAUUGUUACGGUUAGGUUUAUUUUUAGAAGAACCGUAAUUAAGGUUUGGAUUAUGCUUUUAUCUACAGAUAAACAAUCGGCAGUAGUUCAUCUGUAGGUAUCGAUAAAGUGUUACCUGUAUAUUCUUCUUUGUUCAAGGUACAAAAUUGCCAACACCUCUUUAAUGCUUCUGUAUAUUUUAUAUUGGGUGAAUAAAUGUUUUACGGUCAAAUAUAUUUUCAGUAUAAUAAUAUAUUUGGGGG